AUGCAGCUUAUUUCGCUGGUUGGGAUGCUUCUCGCAGCCAGUAGCGUGACGUUUGCUUCGUUGCAACAAAAGAUGCACUGCGUCUCUCCCGGUAGUCCAAACGCUCCUAACUUCAUCCCAAAUGAUGCGGCUACGAAACAGGCUUGUAAUGUUUACCGGCAGCGCACGCCAGAUAAGCAGGGUAAUUCUGCAUGUCAAGACUGCGAAGUGAUUGAUGAAAAUGGAACGUCCAUCUGCUUUUCAAAGUCCCUCAAAAUUGAUGAUGAUUCUUUUCAAAACUAUUGUAAGGUGUAUGGUGGUAGCUUCAGCGAGCCUCGACCACUUGAAAAAUCCAUCUGGAGUAAGAUCUUAUCGUGGUUCAAGUGGUUUUGA